ACCCGAUCGAGCGGAGAUAGGCGUAUUUGUCCCCGAGACAAGGGGUGUGCAGACAAAACACGGGCCGUGUUCCGAUAUAUAUCAGGUCUCCCAGAGGCAGAUUGUCAACCUGAGACACACAGGCCGACGUUUUGUCUGCCAGUGAAAGCGCCUGUCUUGGUAGCAAUCAUACUAUAUGAGAUGGCUUGAUGGCUCCAAAUAACCAGGAGUGUUUUGCGGCGUCUUCACUAUUGCUACCACACUCUCUGUAAAGACAUUUGUGUGAAGGAGAGGUUGUGUCACGUGUGUUAUUCCCCCUAAAGAGUGUUGACAUAUCAGUGAGUAUCCACGGUUUUCUGGCGAAUGUCAACGCAAGCCUCGGCUACCACAAUGACCAGCCCAACACCAUCGAGGUUGUCUACGUCUUCCCGGUGGACGACAACAGUGCCGUCUACAAGCUUGAGGCAGACAUCGACGGUAGACACAUCGUGGCUGAAGUUCAAGAAAAAGAACAAGCUCGGGAAACCUACAAAAAAGCUGUAGCUUCUGGUCGGUCUGCUGUGUUGAUGGAGGAACAUGAUGCUUCAGGAGACAUCUUCAGGUGCAAGCUGGGUAAUCUCCCCCCAGACUCGGACGCCAAACUCCAGUUUUCCUUCGUCACGGAGCUGGCCCAGGAGACAGAUGGGUCUCUCAAGUUUGUUCUGCCGACGGUUCUCAAUCCCAGAUAUAAUCCCAGCAAGGAAGAUGGUGGCACGGAUGAAGACACGUCAUUUGGUAAUAUGAAUCCCUGUCUGUAUACACUGGACUUCAACGGCACGGUCACGUCAAUCCAGGAUAUUGCCAGAGUGUGGUCCGACUCAGACAAACUUCUCACAUCACUAACAAAAGGAGCGGUGAACAUAAUGAAGAUUGGACUCGCUGAUACGUUUCGGUUAAACCACAAUUUGUCCUUCUAUGUGUUGUAUGAAGAGGCAAACAAACCAAAACCUACCCUAGAGAAAGGAAACAAAGAGAAGCCAGGAACACUGAUGGACUUGGACCUCCUGAUGCUGUCAUUCUAUCCAGAUCUCACCGUCACAGCUAAACAUACAGUCAAGGCCGAGUUUAUCUUCAUCAUUGACAGAUCAGGCAGUAUGAUGGGCACGCCAAUCAAGAGCGCCCAAGAGUCGAUGCUGUACUUUCUGAAGAGUCUUCCCGUAGACUGCUACUUCAACGUCAUCAGCUUUGGUUCCAGCUACGGGGCCCUCUUUCCAAAGGGCAGCGAGCGUUACAGUAAGGAAUCUCUGACGAAGGCAAUGGUUCUACAGGCGAGUCUGGAAGCAAACAUGGGAGGCACUGAAAUUCUGAGACCUCUGGAGUUUGUUUUCAGAAAAAAUGCACCUCAUGGAUACUGUAGACAGAUUUUCCUGUUGACUGAUGGGGACGUCUCUAACGUGGAUGAAGUCAUUUCACUUGUGAAACGAAACUCUUUUGAUAGCAGAGUUUUCACAGUGGGUAUCGGUGAUGGAGUGUCCACGUCGCUGGUGCGGAACGUCGCCAAAGCCGGUGGCGGUGAGGUGGAGUUUGUCACGGGAACAGACAAGCUGCAAGAAAAGGUGAUGAAGCUCUUAAAGUACGCUCUUCAACCCGCUGUGACCGACCUAGACCUUGUUAUUGACCUUCCAGCUGGACUUGAAGUUGCCUUCAGAAUUCCCUACACGAUUUCAACUAUUUUCAGUGGGCAGAGACGCACUAUGUAUACAUUUCUCAAGGGUCAGGCUGAAUCUGGUCCAACUAUUGGUCAGGCAAAGCUGUCUGGGAAAAUGGGAGGACAGUCUUUCACGCACACGGUGACGUUUGACGUUAAUAGAGACGCGGUGAUAACGUCUGGAAAAUUUCUUUACCGAAUGGCGACUAAGUGCUUCAUCAAGGAACUGGAGAUGGCCGAGAAAGCUACCAACGCUACUAAGAAAAGGGAGAUAAUCGUGGCAAGUACAGCAGGAAACAUCAUUUCGAAGUACACAGCAUUUGUUGGAGUGGACAAAGAAAAGAACGAGAAGAUAGGACCAUCUCUGAUCAGCCACCACAUGGCACCUCAAAUGCCACGCAUACCCGCUGCCCAUCGAACAAGCUCGCUGUUUCAAUGCUCAGCUGCCAGACGUUCUGUCCCUGGUGAUGAUGACGACGACGAUGAUGAUGAGUAUUAUGACGAUUUGGAUGACUUCGAGGAAAAAGCAUGUUUAAAAUCAAAUGAGAAGAUUCGAAAUCAUCCACAAGCACCACCAAACCGUAGUGGUGCACCACCACCACCACCACCACCACCACAUGCACUACCACCAGCACGUUCCUUACGUGCACCACAACCACCACUACCACCACCACCACCACCCCCAGAACAACAAUCAUCAUGUCGUUCCGACAAUGGUGACAUUUUGGGCUUAAUAGGUCUCCACCUACCACCACCACCAGCGCCGCCAUUAUCAUCAUCACAGGGCUUCAGUUCAUCAACUACAGGGAGUAGUCUGGUGAAGCUGCAGGAGUUUGAUGGAUCCUGGUCACUCACAGAGGAUCUGGCUGCUGUACUCCAUAUCAGCAUGGAAACCAUACAGAAAGAUUCCAGACAGAAGAAGGACAACGUCUGGAUCACCGCCCUUGCGAUUUGUUGGUUCACCUUGAAAUGUCCAGAUGAACGGUCAGUGUGGGAGAUGGUGGUCGACAAGGCCAGAGACUGGCUGGUCGGGCAGCUAGGAGGACAGGAGGAGGUGGACAAGCUUCUCAUGGAGGUUCAGCAAGCUGUCUUUCCAGAUUCUAUCAAGGACACCAUUAAAUAACAUCUUUUGAUAAAGCAACACAAUGUUGCAUGUGAAGGACAAAAAUACCGGAACAUGGUUCAGAUUAAGUUUGAUUUCUUCUUAUGGAAUAGAUACCUGUUGUCAGAGAAAUCUUAUCUAUCAUUGUUUUAACUACGGCUCAGAUAAUGUAGAAGUUCUUUUCCCUGUUAUAGACACUGUAAAAUGAUAAAUAACUGUGGCAUGAACUUGAUCGACAAGUUUCAUUGGGCCAGUGAGUUACUUAUUUUCGUUGUAUCUUCAGGAGAAAAGCAAGUCCUAGGACGUUUGAUUCAAGUUGUUCAAACACCAUAUUUGUUUUACACUGUCCCAGCUUCAAGUGGCAAUAAUUUACACUUAUACAUCCUUAUACAGGAUGGGGCAACAUUGCAUGGAGAACCAAAGCUGUGAUGACUUUCUUGUUAAAAGUUUCAAAUGAGUGUGCCUUGGAUGAAAGAGUAAAACACCACUGUUUAUAUACAAAAAGCAUGUUUACAUAAGUUUUGUUUGAUUGGGCGUGAUAUGCACGAUGUAUAUAUCGCACGGACUGCCUUAUACUGAAUACAGGUUGGUUAGGUGUUGCGUCUUCAUUGCUGAUGCGUGAGUGAACGAGUGACAGAGUGAGUCGUGUUUAAAGCCGCAUUCAGCUACAUCACAGCCUACAUCAUCAACCUAUUAUCGUUUCAAAUGCAAGAUAUAGUCACUUCUACCUCGAAUGGGCAAUUGUUAGAAGAAUAUUAUACAAUAAAGUUUUAAAACACUG